CCCAGUGACAGUAAAACGACAUGGACAAGGCCUGCUCAGUGAUCAGUGAAGCAAUGGGAAUCUGACCAAUGUGGACAAAUACCCAAACGUGUAGUUUUGAAUGGAUCUGGCUGAUAUUCUGGAUGCUUUGCAUGUUGUUGCUGCCAAAUGCAGGUGCUAACUCAGGCUGCCAUGACACCUUCUGGCUGAUCAGUUUGGAUCUUAAAUACACUCCAGGCUGACCUACAGACUCCAGACUGACCUUCAGACUCCUGCAGCUUUCACCUGGAGACAGAGGCCACUCUCCGCAAACAGCCCAUGCAAGAUAAAUAAGCCCAUUGAGGGGAAGCCCCUCCACAGAGGGAGAGGAGGUCACAUGGGCCGGCCGCUCAGUCCAGCAGCGCUGAGAUGCACACAGAGCGGUACAGGAGCAGGACUCGCGCAGGACUCUGCCAGCAGAAUAGCCAGCAGCCGCGUGGAUGAGAGCAGGCAGUCAGCUGCUGUGUGCCAGGCAGAGAGGGCGUAGAGAGGAGGGGAAAGGUGCAAGCUGCAUCGGGCGGAGGAAAAGAACUCGUCCCGUUUGAUGGAGAAUCUGCUCUGUUCUCCGUCCCGUGCUGUCACUCCGGCCGGUUAAUCCCUGCCCUCUCUGUCUCCUUGUCUCUCCCGCCUCUGGAUGCGUCUCCUCAGCCCAUGACCAUCUCCCUGCUGGAGCCCCAUGGGAACACAGCCGAGGUGUCAGUUACUCCUGAAACAAUUCAAAAGGUGGCUGUAUCUCCUGACAUGGUAGCCAGUGGUGGUAUGGGAACCCUUAGCAAGGGUGUGAAGUAUCAAGGUAGCCAGCACAUCAUGGAGAGUGCAAAGUAUUGCCAUGGCGUCAACAACAACCCCGGCUAUCUGUGUGAGACGGGCCACUGCUGCGGGGAGACGGGCUGCUGCACCUACUACUACGAGCUCUGGUGGUUCUGGUUGCUCUGGACGGUCCUGAUCCUGUUCAGCUGCUGUUGUGCGUACCGGCACCGGCGAGCCAAACUGCGCAUCCAACAGCAACAGAGACAGAGAGAGAUCAACCUCAUCGCUUACCACGGGGCCUGCAACUACCCUGCCUCCAUGUUGGACCUCAGCUUCCUGGCAUCGUUCAAGCUGCCCUCGUAUGAGGAGGUGGCGGCGCAGCCCAACACGCCCCCUCCGCCCUACAGCUCCGUGUUCGCCCUGCAGGGGGCGUCUCGCUACACCCACGCGGGCCCCAGCGGCAUGACCUCCUCGCAGAGCUCCCACAGCAACUACACCAGCUGCUCCUGCGAGUCCUGCUCGCUCACCUCCCACAGCAGCACCUCCUUCUCCGUGCAGGUCACCGACGAGACCGACACCAGCAACGCCACCACGCCCAGCGAGCUCGGCGGCGGCUCCAGGGUGCCCAGCGCCACGCCGGAGCCCGCCAUCCUGGGGCCCGAGCACGCCAGCCUGCCCACGCCGACACCACCUCCACCCGGGCCGGAGGGCGCGUCGCCACCCCAGCCUCCGGCGCCGCUGGUGCUGUCCGACCCGCUGGGCGCCAUGUCCCUGCCCGUGGAUGAGGUCGGGCGCGGGGAGGACGUGGCGCAGGAGCGGCCGUCUCCCAAGGCCACCCUCUCGCCGCCCAAACAUGCCCUGUUCUCCUCCGACGUGCACUUCUUCGAGCCGGACAGUCGCGUGUCGGCGGUCUCGGACGUGGAGGGAGACGGCGGGGAGGACGAGGAGGACGACCUGGACGACGAGAACCACUUCCGCCACCGCCGCCUGACGGGAGACUCGGGCAUCGAGGUGUGCCGCUGCAAGGUGAAGAAGGCGGACGUGGAGGCGGACGCGGACAGCAAGAGGGAGGACGAUGCCGGACAGGGCGCCGUGAGAGAGGAGGAGGGGAGGGAGGACGCCGGCCCGGAGCACGACAGCGUGGACUGCUCGCUCCGCGCCGCCCAGGAGGCCCACACCCAGCUGCCCCCCGAGGACUGCCCCGUCCAGUGCACCCCCACGCUCCCUGCUCACAGCGAGGCCGUCAUCACGGUGCAGUCCUCGUGAGGUGGGAGGGGAGGGGAAGUAGAACCUUUCAACGCUGUUCAGAUAUUUGAAAAUUCGCAGGCCAUAGCUGUCAGUUAUGAUGGAGAAACUGACGGAGCGUCAUGAUGUUUGAAGGCUGUGUCUCACCCCUGAGGGAUCAUGCACAGGCUGCGUGGGAUGGAGAGGCCCUUCACUGUCCGCCGGGCCUCUGGAGCUGUGCUCUGGUGUCCAGGAAGUGGACGAUGGCCCGAAAGACUACGCAGAGGGGUGCUGAGGGGACAUGGAGCAGGACGAGCAUAGGGCCCCAGAUGAGGACAUUUCACCCCAUUCUCUUGUUCACUUCCACACACACACACACACACACACACACACACACACACUUACUGCCCGGGAGCAUCUGAGAACAAAAGAGCAUCUUUUCCCGGGCAGGGAAACAAAAGCGCCUGUGCAGAAUGCAAAUGUGCUGCCUGGCGUCCCUCUGGAGUGGCAGGCAGAAGAGCAGCAGCUGCGUGGGGCUGUGUGAAGUCAGCAUAAUGCCACCCAGCUCACCCGCCCUGCCCAGUGCCCAGUGCCCAGUGCCCAGCCCGCCAUGCCCCUCCUGCAGCGAUGCCCCUGCCCCCUAGCUUCCUGACUAAAUCUGUUCCUCUCUCUCUCUCUUCCUCUCUCCCUCUCUCUUUUUCUCUCUCUC